AUGCAAAAGCUGGAACUGAAGGAGCAGAAGCUGGACACGGAGAAACAGGAUAUCACGCAGAAAGCAUGGCUCGCAAGGUACACCAAGCCGCAGCCCAGAUCUGUGAACGAGCCAGUGCUGAAGAUUGGAUUGCAGCUUUUCGCGGAGCUGGCUAAGCACGAUUGGCGAAUUUACAUGGGAAGCCAACCUCGACGGGAGUCGAUUAUGGCUUGCGCUAACCUCCGCGCGGCGCCGAUCAACACCGGGUUCGACGCAAAAUCUGCUGAGGUACAGGCCUCUUCAAAGAUCCUAUCGACGUAUGCUCAGGCGACGACAUGCGACCUCUUCGAUACGACUAAGCGAUUCGAUACGAUAUAA